UUUAUUGCACUACCCAGUGGUUGCUCUCGGACGUUUUGAAUUUCCUGGAUGACCUGGUCGUCCUGGACGUGCUGGGGUAAACCUGAACUUCAAGUUCAGGCACUCAGGUUGGCUUGGAGAGGAAUCAGGUGAGAUUCACCUGUUCCAUCACCAGAUGUCGUCAGUCCCGAGUCCAUAAUCAACAAAUUGCCAGUGCAUCACGAGCCCUUGAGCACUUGAUCAGUCCACACCCCAGGUAUUCGUGAUCUCCAGCCCCCCAAACCCACCAAAAUCAUCAUCACCUGGAUUAAUUACCCUGGUGAGUUCCCCAGGGCCUGCAAAUCAACAAUACCCCAGUGAAACAAAUAACUCAUCAACAUCGAGUGUCCAACGAAUGUUCCCACGCUCUCAUUGUCAUGUAACUGUGUGUUGGUGACGUGCGUGUGAAAUUCCAGAGUGAAGAUGAAUGCACAACACGUACAGGAGCAUGGACACGCUGUUGUCGUGUGGGAAUGGGAAAAUAGACAGGGUAGAUGGAGACCCUACAGUCCAGCUGUAUCACAGCAUCUAGAACGCGCACAUUUUAAAAAACUCACUCGAGUUUUUCUCAAUGACGCCGAUACAACACUCGACAGGUACUACAUCAAUUUGAAAACAAAGACCCAGUGCAGCGACGAUGGGGAUGAGAUUCACAGUGUCAGACGUAAAUUCUAUCUGCCAGGAUCACCAGCUGGUAAAGGUGCCAAAUGGGAAUGGGCUGGUGACACCGACGACUGGCACACGUACGACAUGGAAGUGCAAUGUCUCAUCGAAGAGGCAUGGGCAAUGGGAAACAAAACUAUUGACGUUUCAAAAACGUACUUGGGAUUUCCCUACAUCAUUAAUUUCUGCAAUCUCACGCAAGUCCGAUGUUGCACUGGAUAUGUGCGUCCAAUACGUCGGGUGCAACAAGCCCCUUAUCCUCUAGUCAAGGUCACCCUGGAUGAGCUUCACUAUGCGACAGGAAGACGACCAUUGCCGCAGCCCAAUGUCAAGAAUACCAGCAGCAAGAGUGCCCUGAAGAAGCCACCGUGUGGCAGCUCCAAAAAAUCCUCGAAGAAGAGUAAAAGCAGUGAAAACGGUCCCGCAAAUAUAGCCCGAGUAAUCCUGAGUAACUUCAAUAUUUUCGGUACAAAGACGCCGAUGGAGCCAGCCCCGAUAACCCCAACCGAGUCAUCCCAGAAGCGAAAAAACUGGGAGAGUGUCCUGGACGCUGACUCAAGCAGCACCAAGAGUGGCCGUCGUCCAAGUGUCGACACUGUCUCCACGUACUUGAGCCACGAGAACCCAGUGGACCUUCUGGACAGCAGCAUCGGUAGCGACGAGCUCUUCAAGGAUUCAGGCGACAUGCAAAUGCACUCGGACGUUAUAUCGCAGUACGUCAAGGUCGUGGAGAGCGAUGGAACGGAUUCGUGUCCAGUUUGUCUAGGUACACCGGAGCCUCUCACCGUGGAAUUGACGAGGUGCCAUCACCGGCUGCAUCUAGCGUGUCUCAACGCAAUGCUCAGCUCCCAGCAGCACCCCAUGUACAUCCAGUGCCCAGUCUGUCGCAUGAUCUACGGGGAAAAACGGGGAAAUCAGCCCCCAGGUUCCAUGAACUGGACGAGGAUACCCAGGGCACUCUCAGGAUUUCCCCACACCCACACCAUCCAGAUUACUUAUGACAUUCCAUCCGGAAUUCAAGGCCCGGAACACCCCAACCCAGGCCAGACGUACUACGCCGUCGGUUUUCCCCGGGUCUGCUAUCUCCCUGAUAACGAUCUGGGGCGCAGGGUCCUCCGACUCCUGCAGAUCGCCUUCGAGAGACGUCUGACCUUCACAAUCGGUAGAUCAGUGACGACGGGACGUGAGGAUGUCGUCACCUGGAACGAGAUUCAUCACAAAACUGAGUUGGGACCGUCGACCUCGGGUCACGGAUACCCAGACGUCACUUACCUGGAGAGGACACUGUCCGAAUUGGCGGCUCAGGGCAUAACUGAUGGACAAUCCACGUCCCAUUAUCAAGAAUUACGUUAAUCCCUUCGUUCCCAUGAUAACGAGGGACAACCCAUCAUACAAUAGAAAGUAUUAAAUAAUUUUCGAAAAAUUAAUUAAUUAUACAUUCGAGAGAAAAAAUAGACGAUUGUUUCUUUCCGGGCGUCACCGAGGAACUGAUAGACUUACUCUCUUGCUUUCGGUUUAUAUCUUCCAUUUAAUUAGAAGACACUUUUUUUUAGAACAAAAUUAUUUUGCGUUAAGAUUUUUCAUUAUUUUAUCGUUCCAGUGUAGAGAACAUAUGCUCAGAUUGUUUAAUUAUACAGAUAUAUAUAUAUACAGAACUGUCGGCGAAUAUAUUUUGUAAGUUUAUAUUUAAUAA